AUGCCCAAGACAACAGAGACCUCAGCCGAUGCUCUGGCGCUGCUUCCAGUGACUUUAGAAACAUGGCUAACAUCUACACGUCGUCUUCUUUCUAUUGAACAACAAGAAGAAGUGGAUGCAAUGCGGAAGGAGUUGACAACACUUGACGAUAGAGAUAAUCCCAAUGUCUUGACUCAUUUGACACUUGCUCGCUAUUCGACUGGUCUAUUUGGACGUAUGAUAUUACAUCUAUCGUUGCCAUCUCUUCACUUACGUCAAGCAAAACCACAUCAUUUUACAGUCGGUGAUCUCGUACAACUUCGAGUGCAAAAAAGCACGAGUAUACCAACAGGAAUUGUAUCUCGUGUCGAAGAGCAUGCGAUCUCUGUAGCUUUUAAUUCGGAACACGAUGAAAUUGAUGAACUCGCACUCUCAGCGACUACUCUCACACUUGAUCGAUUAGUAAAUACAGCAACAUUUGCCAAAUUAACAGAUACUUUGGAUCAAAUGACCAAACUCGACUUUGGUACAGCUAACAAGGUCAUUGAUGUCGUUUUUUCAAAUCGAGAUCCGAGCUGGAACACACUAAUACCUGAAUUUCAACCAUUACAUACACAAUUGAAUACAUCACAGCAUGAAGCGAUUCGAUUCGCAUUAGCAUCGAAAGAUCUCGUUUUGAUUCAUGGUCCACCUGGAACAGGUAAGACAACGACAGUGAUCGAAUUGAUCCUUCAAUUAAUCGAUAAGUACGAGUCCAAAGUGCUUGUUUGUGCACCAUCGAAUAUUGCAGUGGAUAAUGUUCUAGAAAAGCUGGCAAGUGCAUGUUCUAAGUUGAGAAAGAAGCUCAAUCUUGUACGGGUGGGACAUCCAGCACGAGUUUUGCCACAAACACUAAAAUAUUGUUUGGAUGCGAAGAUCGCAAACGCAGAAGGCACAGAAAUUGUUCAAGAUAUUCGAAAAGAAUUGACACUUAUGCAGAAUAAAUUGCAAAAGACACGGGAAAAGACGGUCAAGUAUGAGUUACGACGUGAAAUGAAAGCAAAUCGCAAAGAAAUUCGAGUACGUGAACAAAAUGUUGUAAGUGAGAUCAUUAAACAGAGCAACGUCGUGUUUGCGACGAAUGUUGGCGCUGCAUCGAAAUUGUUAAAAGAUGUGACAUUUGAUGUCGUGAUUAUUGAUGAAGCAGCUCAAGCACUUGAAGCUUCGUGUUGGGUUCCUAUCUUAAAAGCGAAACGAUGUGUGUUAGCAGGAGAUCACUUGCAAUUACCACCAACGAUCAAAUCAAAAGUUGCAGCAGCAAAAGGAUUGGAAGUGACGCUGUUUGAUCGAGUCACGAGAAACGAAAGACUGAAGUGUGUGGUAAAAAUGUUAGAUACGCAAUAUCGUAUGCACGAGGACAUUUGCAAUUGGAGCUCACAAGCAAUGUACAAAGGCGAAUUAAAGAGUUUUUCAGCCGUUGCAAAGCGCAAACUGCACGAAUUACCGCAUGUCACGAUUAAAAAAGAUGAUGAUGUGCUGAAUGCGACACUGUUGCUUGUGGAUACGGCAGGCUGUGAGCUGGAUGAAGAUGAGGAGAAUGCAGAAGAUGUAAAAGGUGUGCACUUAUCUAAGUCCAACGAAGGAGAAGCUCGUAUUGUUGCAAAGCAUGUUCAAAUGUUGCUAUCUGCUGGCUUAAAAGAAGACGAAGUGGCAGUCAUUACGCCGUAUAAUAAGCAAGUUCAGACGUUAAAAGGUCUCUUACUAAAUUCCUUUCCAAAGCUCGAAAUUCGAUCCGUCGAUGGAUUUCAAGGCUGUGAAAAAGAAGCAGUUGUGAUGAGUCUCGUGCGAUCUAAUGCGUCUCGACAAGUGGGUUUUUUAGCGGAUGAUCGUCGAAUGAAUGUUGCAAUCACAAGAGCAAAACGCCACGUGGCUUUGAUUUGCGAUACAGAUACAAUUUCGUCGCACCGAUUCUUAGCGACAAUUGUUCACCAUUUUGAACAGUUUGGUGAAGUUCGAAGUGCAUAUGAAUUUUUGGAAGACGACACCGUACAAGGAUCAGUGGACGAUGUUAUGGCCAUGACAGGGAACUUUUCGAAGACACUAGUUGUGGGGGUAUCUGAGGCAAAGACGAAACGAAAAACAAAGACAUCAAAAUCGAUGAAAGAACAGAAAAUUGCAGAUGAUCCUAGCUCGACAAUCGUUGACGAUAGAUCGGAAUCUCACAUCGAAGAAGAAACAAGUAAAGCCGACACUGAGGAAGUAAUGACUGUCGAAGCCCACAGUGAGGAAGCGAUGACAGCUGAUGUCCACACUGAAGAAGCAUCGACAGUCAAAAUGGAAAUUGAAGGAGCAAGGACAGUUGAAGUGGAGCCGGAAGAAAUAUCACCAUUUGAAAAAGCAAUGACAGUCGAAGUGAAGUUCGAAGACGAAAGAAAAAGCAGUGUGUUUCAGCUGAUGGACUCAAGUAGUGACAGCUCGGAUGAGUGUGACCAAGACAAUAAUGAAACGAAAAUGAGACCAAGCGACUUUGAGCCAUCAAAUAUACUGUUGAAAGAUUUGCACAUGAGUCGCCUUGCUCGACAUCCAGCACCUUUGAAAAGCACAAAGAAAAGUAAGAAAAAGAAACGUCAGGGAAAGACGAACACUUCACCGAUCGACAAAAUGAAAGACGACGAGGAUGAAUUGGAUUAUCUCACGCGGCAAGCUACGAAGAGCUCAAAGUGUGCAUAUCAAAGUCAAAGUCGUUGUCAAACGAGCGUAUCAAUGCUCGGUAGCAUCUGCAAAUUUUGCAAACUCAAAUUCUGCUACAAUCAUGCAAUGCCUGAAGUUCACGGAUGUGGUGACGCUGUGCGUACAUUUGAGCGAAUGACGUUUAAACAUCAAAUGAAAGAAACUCCAAGUAAGAAAUUGACAAACGACAAGCGCAAAAUACUGAAAAAGAAGCUUCAAGAGACUGUCGCUGCGAAAUCAGCUGAUCGCUCGACUAAACCCAAGAAGAAAUAA